AUGUUAUUGGGAUUUUGCGAGGAUUAUAGACGCGUGGUGAUUACCGCUCGUCACGAGUUGAUCUUAAUACGAUCGCGCAACGACAACAAUUGUCUGCUUGGAAAUUUGGCGCUGGAGCCUGCGAUUGACAUAUUCAAGAUACAAUGGCGAAUGCCACACGUGGUAUUGAACGAGAUCAAUAAGCUGUCGAUGCUGCGCGCCUUGGAAAGCGGACGAUACCUCAGCAUGGGUUUUCGCUCGUGGGAUCUGUACGAAUUUCCGCUAUUGCAGCGUACAACCAAGCAUUCGUGGCCCAUUAAAACCGCGACUCAGCUGGAUAAGCCGCGAUACGUUGUCUUCGUUCUGCAGACAGGUCGGAAGAACGUCAUGUCCGAGGAUACGAGUCGAUUCGACGAUUGCAAAUUGACCAAUGUGAAACUCUUCGGAAUAUGGUCGAUUCUGUACGACAUGUACCAGCGUUUCUGCAAAAACUAUUACGGAUACGAGUAUCUCGAGCCGAAUCUCGCAGUCACGCAGUUUCUACUUAACGGUCCGUUCGUGAUCAUCGAUUGCUCUCGACAAAACGAAUCGGUCAAGAGCGCAACCGUGGAUGUGCGAUUGGAAUUCGAGUGUAAGGAGAACGUGCCGCCGAAUACCACUGCGUACUGUCUCAUCAUACACGAUCGCGUGAUUCAGUACAACCCGUUGACCAACGUUGUGCGCAAAAUCACUUAA